AUGGAUGCAAAUGAUUUGGAAAGGGUCAAGAUAAAGCAAGCAGAUGCCUGCCUUGUGUUAGCAAACAAGUAUUGCCAGGAUCCAGACCAAGAAGAUGCAGCAAACAUAAUGAGAGUGAUCUCCAUCAAGAACUUUCAUUCUGAUAUUAAAGUCAUUGUGCAGUUGUUACAGUACCAUAACAAGGCAUACUUGUUGAAUAUUCCAAGCUGGGACUGGAAGAGGGGAGACGAUGCAGUAUGUGUGGCAGAACUCAAACUUGGUUUCAUUGCUCAAAGCUGUCUGGCUCCAGGUUUUUCAACUCUCAUGGCUAAUCUCUUCACCAUGCGUUCUUAUAAUCCAACCCCAGAAAUGUCCCAGUGGCAGAAAGAUUAUAUGAGGGGUACUGGAAUGGAGAUGUAUACAGAAUAUUUGUCCAGUGCUUUCAAUGCUCUCACAUUUCCGGAGGCAGCAGAAUUAUGUUUUGCAAAGCUGAAACUAUUACUGUUAGCUAUAGAAGUUCGUCAAGAGGAUACAAGGGAGAGUACUCUUGCUAUCAAUCCUGGUCCAAAAGUAAAAAUCGAAAAUGCUACACAAGGAUUCUUUAUAGCAGAGUCUGCAGAGGAAGUCAAAAGGGCAUUUUAUUACUGCAAACAGUGUCAUGGAGAUGUGACAGAUGUACGACAGAUUAAGAAAUGCAAGUGCAGACCAUUGGCAAUGUUCAGGAAGGGAGCAGCUGCAGUAUUAGCUCUACAGAAAACUCCUGGUCUGUCUCUGGAAGUAGAGAAAGAUGCGCAAGAAAAGACAAGUAGACCAGCUGACGUAGUGGAACAUGCUGAAGCCAAUUCACAGUCCAACUCACUGAAAUCCUUAAAUCCUUUUACGCAGGCAGCACAGGCCAAACCCAGUAUACAGUUAGAGGAUAUCUCGGUGGCUGAAGAUUCUCACACAUUUGAUUCUACUGGCAUGUUUCACUGGUGUCCAGACAGACCACUUACUGAAACUAUUUUGGAUCGAAAUCAGGCAACAGCCAGUGGCCUGCGCAACCAUGUUGUUGCAUGUUUGUUUGCUGAUGCUACGUCUCCGCUGAUUGGACUAAGAAAUUUGGUGAUGCCAUUGAGAUCCAGUAACUUCCAUUUUCAUGAGCUGAAACAUGUUGUCAUUGUUGGAAAUAUGGAAUAUCUCCAUAGAGAAUGGAAAACUUUGCAAAAUUUUCCAAAGUUGUCUAUUUUGCCGGGUUCACCAUUAAACCGUGCCAACUUGAGAGCAGUGAAUAUCAAUCUGUGUGAUAUGUGCAUCAUCAUUUCUGCCAAAGAUCGAAACCUGGAGGAUCCAAAUUUGGUAGACAAGGAAGCUAUUCUUUGUUCUCUCAACAUCAAAGCAAUGACGUUUGAUGACACAACAGGACUUUUACAGUCAUCAAAAAAGAGCUUCAGUCCCUUAGGAUUUUCUCCCUUGCUUGAAAAUAAAAGAUCUCAUGUUACUGAUUGUGUUCCUCUCAUUACAGAACUGGCAAAUGAUUCAAAUGUUCAAUUUUUGGACCAAGAUGAUGACGAUGACCCUGAUACUGAACUGUACAUGACACAGCCAUUUGCAUGUGGGACAGCAUUUGCUGUUAGUGUCCUGGAUUCCUUAAUGAGUACGAGUUACUUCAACGACAAUGCUCUGACCCUCAUCAGAACAUUGAUAACUGGUGGAGCGACCCCUGAGCUGGAGCAGAUCCUAGCUGAAGGUGCUGGCAUGAGAGGUGGAUUUUGUUCUCCAAGUGUCUUAGCCAACAGAGACAGGUGCAGGGUUGCCCAGCUCUCCUUGUUUGAUGGACCAUUGUCACUGUAUGGUGGUGGCAACUAUGGAGACCUAUUUGUUUAUGCAUUACGCCAGUAUGGAAUUCUAUGCAUCGGACUGUACAGGUUUAGAGACACCAAUGAGUCUGAACGCAGUCCAACUUCCAAACGUUACGUCAUCACUAAUCCACCAGAAGAUUUUCCAUUGUUAUCAACGGAUAAGGUCUUUUGCUUACAGCCUUUUAGCUACAGCAGCACAAUGAGUAAGGAAAGACAUUGCACCACAGAGACUAGCCAGCAGAGGGAUGAGUCAGAGUCUUAG